CUUAUUAAGAGGAGCUCCGCUGCAGUCACACCCUGAGAACUACCUAACGGACCUAACAGUCAUCAACAUGGCAGAUUUUGGAGAGAUCCUGAAGAACAUUGGAGAAUUUGGUUUAUUCCAGCAAAUCACUUUGAUUGCACUUUGCCUUCCAAAUCUCCUGCAAUCUUUUGUCAUGGCAAGCUUUGUAUUUAUUGAGUCAGAUCCAGAGCGACACUGUAACACGGACUGGAUCCUUCGGGCAGACUCUAACCUGACUACAGAUGAGCAGCUGAACCUGACUCUGCCCCGAGAGGAUGACGGGACCUUCAGCAAGUGUCAGAUGUUUGUCCCUGUGAACGGGUCUAUUGGUGCCAUCAGGGAGUACGGACUCAAUGAGACCACAGGGUGCCAGAAUGGAUGGGUGUACUCCAACACGCUGUACGAGGCCACCAUAGUCACUGAUUUUGAUCUAGUUUGUGACAGAGCUAACUUGAUGGAAUUGAUACAAGCAAUGUUCAUGGUUGGCGUUAUUUUUGGUUCCCUCAUAUUUGGACCUUUUGCUGAAUCGUUUGGUCGCAAACGAUCAACUCAAAUUUCAGCAGUUCUGUUGUUCAUAUUUGUUGGAGCAGCAGCACUUUGCCCCAAUGUUUACUUGUAUGUAGUGUGCCAGUUCUUUGUUGGAGCAGCAAGUGGAGGAUAUCGAAUCAACUGUGUUGUACUGUCUACUGAGUGGAUUGGGGGAUCGAAAAGAUCAUGGGGAGCAUGUGUGGCUCAGCUUUUUGCUGCAAUGGGACAGUGCGUCCUGGCUGGUGUAAUCUACGCCAUACGUCACUGGAGACUGGCUCAACUUAUUACAGCAGCUAACUUUGCAGUAGUUGUUAUCUACAUAUGGUUUAUACCAGAGUCAGCCAGGUGGUUGUUAAGCAGAGGAAGGACAGAGGAGGCUAAACAGCUGAUUAUCAAGGCAGCAGCCAUCAACAAACGCACUGUUUCAGACUCUCUGUUGGAAAAGAUUGCAAUAAAAGAGCCAGAAAACAAAGGAGGCAUCAAAACUAUUUUCAGAUCACCUCAACUGACCAGAUAUUUCUUCAUUAUAGCAUGGGGAUGUUUUUCAUUGAACCUAACCAUCUACUCCCUGUACUUGAACAUGGGAAACAUUGGCUUCAACGUCUUCUUGACACAGCUCAUGUUUGGUGCUUUUGAAGUGGCAGCUAAUAUACUCUCCAUGUGGCUAAUGGAGGUUUUUGGGCGAAGAAUUUCACUCAUAUCAACAUUUGUGACAGGAGGACUAUCCAGCAUGUUCAUCCUGGCUGUUCCUCAAGGAUAUGCCAUUGCUGUUACAUCUUUAGCUGUCGCAUCUCGUUUCUUUCUGAUCUGGGCUGCUGCUGUAUGUACCGUUUAUUUGCAGGAGUUGUUUCCAACAUCUGCUAGACAAACAGCAACAGCUUUAGGAGCCAUGUCAGCAAGAGUAGGAGGGGUGAUGUCUCCACUGCUCAACAUGUUGGUCAUGUUCCACUGGUCCAUACCUCCUGCUGUCUUUGGCAGCUUUACGCUGGUCGCUGGAGCGCUCAGCUUCCUGCUCCCUGAGACCAGGGAUAAAGAACUUCCUGAGUCAGUUGAUGAGGUCGAGAAGAACAGAAAUGUUACUUCCAGAAGAACAUCUUCCAGUCUCAAUCAAGAAUCAACAAAGAUGUAGACCUGUGUCUGAUGGUUUAUUCUUUAACAGUGUAAUGAAUUUGCUUUAAAAAGUACACCUUUCAUCAGACAUAAAAAAGUUAUGAUUAAUCAAAAGGUUCCCCUGCAUAAAGAAU